AUGAUAAAGAAAUGGGAGAUACUUUUUGACUACGUGGAUACGACAAGAGACGGGAUUGUGGACAUUGAAGAAAUGAUGUCGUACCCAAACCGACUGGUAAGUGAGGGAAAACAGGAAAGAGGAAAACUUCUUGGAGACAUUCUUUCUGAGACAUGGGGAAGAAUGUGUGAAGCAAAUAAUCUACCUCGCGAACAUGCCUCCUUAACGAAGGCUCAGUGGGUUAUCGGACGUAGAGCUUUGACAAAGACUGACUGGUUUCGGAAAACAUACGUACCAACCCUGGCGACUAUUCACUUCGAAAGCCUUGACAGGGAUCAUGAUAACACCAUUACCUUGGACGAGUGGCGCACUUACAAACAUAAAAGGGGUGUAACAGACGACGCUGCGAUCCAGUCCGCCUUCAAACGUUUGGACUUGGACGGUGACGGAAUCAUCAGUCAAGAGGAGAUGACUCAUGCUAUCACUCAGUUUUGUAUUGGCGAGGAUCCGUCGGAUGACUAUUCAUUCCUAUACAUCGUUCACUAA